UGCAGGUUCUGCAAAGGAAAGAGAGGUUUUUGAAAAAGCGAGAAAGAUAGUAGAGCCACCCAAAUUAGCAUUUGCUCGAAUGGCUGUGCGCGAAUCUGCUUUUGCUGCUACAGCCGCUGAUGAAGCUGCUCCCGUCAAACCUUCAUUUUCUGGUAGUUUUAAAAAGGCCCCGGAAACACAAGUUGGUCAAGACCUGCCACUCACCUUGACGCUCAAAAACACCGUGAGUGACCCCCAGAAGAUUGAGACAAAAAUGACAGCCACCGCCAUUAUAUACAACAGUAAACCAGUUAAAUCUUUUCUUACUGAAACCCACUCUGUUUCACUAGGACCUAACGAAGAGAAAAGCAUUGAGAUGAAUUUACCAUAUGUUACAUAUAGAGAUGCUAUAACUGCAGACAACAUGAUUCAAGUUGUAGCUGUGUGUACGGAUGCAAAUGGAGGCAACCUGUUGGUACAAAUAGUGAUUACACUGAAAAAUCCAGCACUGCUGUUGAGGGCUAUUGAUGAGAUCAAAUUAAACAAAAUGUGUCGUGUGGAUGCUAUAUUUACUAAUCCAAUCAAAGAAGUUGUCCCAAACAGUGUUUUGAUUGUAGAGGGGAGUGGCCUUUUGCGCGACCAAGUCAUCGUAAAUGUACCAAGUCUAAAUCCAAAUCAGAGAGCUACAAUUCAGAUUGAGGUAUGUCCACACAGAUUAGGUGACCGAAGUCUCCUAGCGGAUUUUUCCUCCAAGUUGUUUCAAAAUGCUAAGGGAUUUCAAACACUUUCAGUGGCUUCAUCAUAA